AUGCCAUCUAUCUUGAUCCGCCCACCUACGUUCUCAUCAGCCACUGCCCCGCCAGAAUGGCAGUCCCCAACCGUGACCUGGCUAACAGAGACCUGGCACGUCACGCACUCCAGUCUGCCAAUGUGGAAGAGCAAACGUAAUGUCCGCAUUCAGUACACACCACUUCCGCCUUCGGACUCGUCGAUAGCGAGCGAGCAUAGUGAUCGCAUCGAUGACCUCGUGUCAUACCAGAGCCUCGAUGGAGAUAAAGUCAGCACAGUACAUGGCAUAGACAAGCUGGCAGAUAAGUCAGGUGAUAGCCGAGAUUCUUGGGACUGGAGAGGAAAGGGCUUAUUGAAGGUCGCGAGUAGUCACUGGGAAGUGCUAGGAUAUGGCGAGGAAGACAAUGGAAGGAAAUGGGUGGUGACUGCAUUUGCGAGUACCCUGUUCACACCUGCUGGUAUCGAUAUAUACUCUCAGCAUGCCGAGGGUACGCAAGUCGAGACACUUGAGGAAGUCAGGGCCGCCCUGAGCAAGGUCGAUGACAAGGAUGUGAAGAAGAUGGCUGCGGAUCUGUUCGAAAUUAAACGGGAUGGUGCGAGGAAGGAUUGA